UGUGUGAGAAGAAAGAUGAUAGAAAAAUAGGACAUAGGUGAAAACAGCAGCACUCUAAAACAAAGAAGAGAUAGCGAGGUCUGACCGGGGAAAGAAAAGUAACAAUCAAAUCGAAGGGCAAACCCGAACUGCUGUUCCGGGAGCAAAGAAGCAACGACGUCGUAGGGCGGGAAAGAGAUGUAUGGGGCAGGAGGAGACGAGGAAGAGGGCAUGGGAAUGGGAAGUGGAGGAACAGGGAUGAUGAAGAAGAUGAUGACCAGUCCUGCAGGGGGAGGGUCAGGACAGUGGGCCCCAGAGGAGACGAGGGAGCUGAUCGCCAUCCGUGGAGAACUGGAGAUCAGGAACUCCAAUUUGGCGAAUCGCAGCAAGGCGCUGUGGGAAGCAGUGAGCUCUAAGAUGGCCGAGAGAGGCUUCAACAGAACCCCCGAGCAGUGCAAAUGCAAGUGGAAGAACCUCCUCAUUCGUUACAAGGGGAAGGAGACGUCUGAUCCGGAGAGUGGGCGGGAGUGUCCCUUCUUUGAGGAAUUGCAGGCAGUGUUUACUGAAAGAGCAAAUAAUAUGCAGCGCUUACUUCUUGAAUCCGAGACGGGUUCAGCCCGGUCCAAGAAAAUGGGGAAGAGGAAAUUGAGGCCGGGGCGAUCCUCGGAUGAGUUCUCAGAGGACCCAGAUGAAGAGGAUGAGGAUGAUAAGAAGAGGAAGGGUGAAAGAGUAAUUAUGCCAAAAGCAACCAAUUCUGCUAGUGGGACUAGUAGUAGUAGUAUCCAGGAUAUGCUUAAGGCGUUUUUUCAGCAGCAGCAGAGGAUGGAGAUGGAGUGGAGGGAAAUGAUGGAGAGGCGGGAGCAGGAGAGGCGGAUGUUUGAGCAGGAAUGGCGGCAGAAGAUGGAGAAGGUGGAGAGGGAGAGGUUAAUGGUGGAGCAGGCUUGGAGGGAGAGGGAAGAACAGAGAAGGAUGAGAGAAGAGAGCAGAGCUGAGAGGAGAGAUGCCCUGCUGACCACUCUCUUGAAUAAACUUAUCAAUCAAACUAAUUUUUAACUCUCUGAAUUGAAUAUGCUUUUUGGGUUCAUCUUGUGCUGGCUUGAGUAUGGAAAGUUGGAUACUAAUUUACGAAUUUGUUUGAUCUAACUGAAAGUUAGAAUUGUGAUUUGGAAAGUUAGGUGUUGGGUUUAUUUGCAGUUCUUGGCAGAGAGUUCUGGGGUUACUACUACUAUACAUUUCUCUGUUACAAAAUACCAUAAAGUGAUCAUUGGCAGAGAAAAGUGGUUAUAUUUUUGUAGUUGCAAAUGGAGAUUGGAGAUUGGAGAUUGAAGGGUGAAUUGUGUAAAAAUCAAAAGAUCUUUGAGAUUAUAGUGAAUGAGACUGCACAAGUUUUGUAA